AUGGCCGGCAGAGAGUUCAUCUUUUGCCACCACUUCAGUUCCAACGCCAGGAUCUCAACAUGCAAGUAUCAAGAAGCUGGUCUAAAUUCAUCUGUAAACAACUCCACCGUUACCAGUGCCACUAAUACACCACCAACUGAUCCAAUCAGUAGUAAUCAUCCACCACCAUCUGAUUCAUCCAAGAAACGCAAGGCAUCUGAUGAUUUGGUUUCCAAGGCUUCCCAGAACCACCGAAAGAUUCAGAAUCGUCGGAUCAAUGAGGGUGAUGGAAUCGGCGAACAAGUAGUAACACUUAGGAAAUCAGCUGGAACCAAAAGGGCAACAUCCAAGUCAGCAGGAAGUAACUGUAAUAAUGGUAAUAACAAAGAAGGAAGUGGGCAGAGCAAUUGCUCAACCCAUGUGCUGCAGCCAUCACUGCAUGAAAUUGGAUGCGGGUUCAACACCUCAUGUACGGUCUACAUGACCUAG